AAUCUCUAAAAUUUAAUGACAUUUCCUGCAGCUAUAGUGAAGGCGGAAAUACAAACAGUCCCUUCCACGAAAACGUGGUGCUAUUACAAUCACAUUUCUCACCAGCCCUUUUCUUUUUUGCAAAAGUGUUUAUCCUAGUGAUGCGGACUUAUGACAAAUGUCAACAGUUAAUAAGAUAGCCAAAAACUGUGAAAAUGAAACGUUCCUGGAAUGCAUCAGAGCUUCACACUUUAGUCCUUCGUUUGAGACUCAAGGGCCACAUGGCCAGGUAGGUCUUUCACCUCUGGAAACCGUUAAACAUCCUUCCAGUAAGACAUAAUCGUUAAGCCCACGGUGUUAAAGAAACCCAGUCAGCUGUUCCCCGCAGGUCACCGCCUGCCUCCACCCUCCUCCCGCGUACUGAACGCAAAAAGCUUGGGAACGAGCGAGGCCAGAGGAGACAACUCCCAGCAGGCGUCGCGGCAGCGGGAAGUCACGCACGCGCAACCCAGGCCACAGGAGUAAAGUCUCUCCGCCUGUGUCUGGGAAGGGAGAAUGGCGGCGCCCGGGCUGCGGCUGGGAGCGGAAAGGCUCUUUGAAAUGCCUGCGGUGCUAGAGCGACUGAGCCGCUCUAACAGCACGUCCCAAGCUUUUGCUGAGGUGCUGCGGCUGCCGAAGCAGCAGCUGAGGAAGCUGCUCUACCCGCUGCAGGAAGUAGAGCGGUUCCUCGCCCCCGACGGGAGGCAAAACCUUCACCUGCGUAUCUUUGACCCGAGCCCGGAGGACAUAGCGAGGGCAGACAACGUCUUCACGGCCACUGAACGGAACCGCAUCGACUACGUCAGCUCCGCGGUCCGUAUCGACCACGCCCCGGACCUUCCGCGGCCUGAGGUGUGUUUUAUUGGCAGAAGCAAUGUUGGAAAAUCAUCUCUGAUCAAGGCUUUAUUUUCACUGGCCCCUGAGGUUGAAGUCAGAGUCUCCAAAAAACCAGGACACACAAAGAAAAUGAAUUUUUUCAAAGUUGGAAAACAUUUUACAGUGGUGGACAUGCCAGGUUAUGGCUAUAGAGCACCUGAAGAUUUUGUUGACAUGGUAGAGACGUAUCUAAAAGAACGAAGGAACUUGAAGAGAACAUUUUUAUUAGUGGAUAGUGUUGUUGGAAUUCAAAAAACAGACAAUAUUGCCAUAGAAAUGUGUGAAGAAUUUGCAUUACCUUAUGUGAUUGUAUUAACAAAAAUUGACAAAUCUUCCAAGGGACAUCUUUUAAAACAAGUGCUUCAGAUCCAGAAAUUUGUUAACACGAAAACUCAAGGAUGUUUUCCUCAGUUGUUUCCUGUAAGUGCUGUGACCUUUUCUGGAAUCCAUCUGUUGAGAUGCUUUAUAGCCAGUAUAACAGGAAAUCUUGACUAAUGGUUCCCAGAAGAUUCAAAAAAAAAAAAAAAAAAAAAAAAAGCUUUAUGCUAACUGGGAGUUAAAUACCUAGAAGAAUUUCAACAUUGUUUUAAAUGUUGUGCAUCUGUAACUUCAGGAGGAUCACUUCAGCUUUAAAACCUGCACCUUCUCAAAACAAGAAUUUGUGCCUGGGGGAAUAAAGUUUGUAAGUAAUUGAAUUACGGUGUUCAUAAGAACAGCUACUAGCUGAUUCCCGUGUUUUAACAAACUGACAAGCAAGAGCACAUCCAUAAAAUGAAAACCUGUUACAACUAUGUACAGAAGGAUCUGACGUUUUAUUGGGCUUUUGUCUUUUAAAGAAUAUGUCUACUACGUGUAUUUUUUUUAAAUGUUAAAAUGGGCUAGGUAAAAGGGGGCUGCUUUUCUGUUAAGCAUCGAUAGGUAAGUUGAUGGAUAAAUGUUACUAUGUAAGCCUAUUUUUUUGAGUCCUUAUUUGAAUACUGAAAACAUUCUUGAUAAAAUGUGUUAGUCCAUGUUGGAAACAACUGAAAGAAUUCAAGUUCUAGUUCUGAUGUUUAUUAUAAAUGUUGGAUCUUGCACAACUUGAUUUCUCUGAAAUUCAUUUGUUACUGUAACCUUGAAAGCCAUUAAGAUUAAAAUGAAUGGUUUUACAGCAGGUAACAUGUGAGAUGACAGCUACAUAUUUGUAAAGCCAAGCCAACAAAGAAAUAUAGCAAAAUUCGGCCGGGUGCGGUGGCUCACGCCUGUAAUCCCAGCACUUUGGGAGGCCGAGGCGGGCGGAUCACGAGGUCAGGAGAUCGAGACCAUCCUGGCUAACACAGUGAAACCCCGUCUCUACUAAAAAAAUACAAAAAAUUAGCCGGGCAAGGUGGCGGGUGCCUGUAGUCCCAGCUACUCGGGAGGCUGAGGCAGGAGAAUGGCGUGAACCCCGGGGGGCGGAGCCUGCAGUGAGCCGAGAUCGUGCCACUGCACUCCAGCCUGGGCGACAGCAAGACUCUGUCUCAAAAAAAGAAAAAAAAAAAAAAAAAAAAAGAAAAUAUAGCAAAAUUCACAGGUAGGUUUAUUACAAGAAAUGUCCUUUCAUGGGGGAAGUAACAUUUUCACUAGUGAAAAUGCAAGAAACAAAAAUAGCUUUAAAUGAGAAAACUAAUUUGCAAAGGGCAAGAGAAAAAAGCUGAUGGGACAGUUUAGACUGCUACAUUUAAGAUUCAGAAUGGAAAAAUAAAGACUUUGAACUAAAGUAAAUAGAAAAGAUUUUUGUGAAGGUGCCACUGACCUAUUCCUAUAAGUGGCUUAGCGUUUCAAAGCGAAGCUGAAUAUUAAAAGGUUAUAGCUGUAUUGCUGGAUAAAAAAUUAAAGCUGUAAACCAACUUCAUGCCUUUUUUUCAGAAAAUAAUCUGAAUAUAUUGUCAGUUUUAUAGUUGAUGGAAUUGGUCUAAUCUAACCAGGAAUGUUUUCAUCCAAAAAAAAAGAUUUUUUAAUAUAGACAUUCAUAAAAUAUAUAGUAACAAGAAUUAUCUUAGAAGUCA